UCCGCCCAAUCCUCGCCUUGUGUUAUGAAAACACCACAGAUACACGUGAGUCAGUAAACACACACAUAGACAGAAGGACGAACUCAAGAAGGAAAGUAGAUAUCCAGCAGUUUGAUGAAGUCACAUCAUCUUUCCCUGGCAUUAUUUGCCGCGCUGCUGUGCCUUUGUGAGAGCUACACUCUCAGAAACUCAGUAUCUUGGGCUGUCGCCUCCAACGAUGUCGUGGUGGAGGGAGAGCUGGACGCCGUUUCCGAGGAAGAGGUCGCCCCCGCUUUGCUAGUGGACAACAGCGGGCUGUGGAAACAGGCAUACCCGCCCUCUGUGUUACGAAAUGGUGCGGAGAAGCCCAAAGAAACCGUCAAAUCGAAAAAGGAGGAUGCAGCGCCCGUGUCAUCUGCGUCCAGGGUGUUCUCCUAUCGGAUGGAGGAGGUGAAAGCGCCCGCCAGUGCCCCCUCACCUCCCCCACAUCAGGAGACUGCGAGAACCGCCAGAUACAUGGCCCACUACAGCGACUGGGGACAUCUCGCCACCAUUUCCACUCAAGACAAGAUUAAGGGCCUUCCUUUCGGGAAUAUUUUCUCGGUCAGUGAUGGCCCAAUGGACAACAGUACAGGAGUUGUCUACUUCUAUGUCACUCUGAUGGACAACUCUGUAGCAGACCUGAGAAGCUUCCCAUUUGCCUCUCUCACCUUUUCAGAGGCAGAGGGAGACUUUUGCAGGCAGCAGGUGUAUGAUCCUGAAGACCCACGCUGUGCCAGACUGACCCUGACAGGCAAGAUGGUGGAAGUGGGCCCAGAGGAGGUGGAGUUUGCCCAGGAGGCCAUGUUCUCUAGACACCCUGUGAUGCGGAAAUGGCCAGUGGGACACAACUGGUUCUUUAUGAAGCUAGAGCUCAAACAGGUCUGGCUCCAGGAUUGGGUUGGAGGGGUGUCUCUCAUCCCCCUGGAAGACUACUACAAAGCCACACCCUACUGAGAGGAACUUCAUCCACAGUUUAUAUUAAUUUACUGCACAGUGCCAAAUAUGACACACGUGUACCAAUACAAGACAGUGUGUUAGCAUCUCUAGGUGCCACAACAGCUGUCCUCAGACCAUAUUCAUCACCACUCAAACACAUAACAGAAUGGGAGGAUCUAAAAGCUCUAGUUCUGGAAUAUUUUUGAAGAGAAAUUGGGAGUGGGGAUUUUCAGUUCUAGAUCUUCUCUAGGCUGAGUGUGAGUGGUCUAACCAUGGUGCAUGUAGAGGUAACAACUACAUUUAAGAUGUCCCCCAUAUCAACCAGUUUGCACUAACUGAUUAAAGUGCUUCCACAGUUCAAGGGAAAGCUUCUACAGAAUGUGAAUAUAAAGACAAGUAGAUAUACAUUGUUCCUAUUUAUGUGAAGAUGUUGAAUGUACAGAAUGGUUUGCUUUGAAAAUGUUUUUCCAAUGCUACCACCAAGCUUUUUCACAAUCUUCUGUUCAACAGCUAGAAAUUGACAAAUCAAUAAUCCACUUAAAGUAGACUCCUGGUGGACAAUAGAUCUUGACUUUGAUAUUGAAUGUUGUUGAGUGCCGCAUACUGUCAAGUCACAUUUCUAUUUUGUGCUGAGUUUGAAGAAAACAUCUUUUAAAAUGUACAUGUCAAUGACAUUGUGCAUGAUCUAAAGCAGAAGUUUAAUGAUACAUUGUUAUAGAUUGUAAAACUGUACAUGCAAUGUUGGGAACAUAAAUACAAAUGAUUUGGUCAAAUAAUUGAAAUGUCCUCCCAAUCUUUCACUCGCUGUAUCUUUGAAGCAUUAUGUGUAUUGGUGCUUGUGUUUUCUACCAGUAAAGCUGAUAGUGUUCUAUUUU